AUGAGUUACGGAUACGGAAACCAACAGCCGAACCCUUACGACCAGCGCGGUCAGGGCUACGGCGGCCAGCAGGGCGGCUACGGCGGUCAACAACAACAGAACCCUUACGCAGGGCAAGGAGGCUACGGACAGCAGCAGCAGCAGAACCCUUACGCCGCCGGUGGUGGCAACAGCCGUUAUGGUAACAACAACAACUCGUCGAUAGAUGGUGGCUAUGCUGGCUCUAAUGUCGAGAUGGCUCCCCUCGCCCAGAAUGCUGGCUCCAUGGCCGGCAGCGAUGGCAACGCCAUCCUCAACGAGUGCCGCGAAAUUGACACCGGCAUCGCCCAGAUUGAACGUAACCUCGAGCAGCUGCGCAUGAUUCAGCAGAGAACCCUCGACGACGCCGAUAGCUCCUCCUCCAGCGCCGCCAACCGCCAGCUCGAUGCGCUCUCCUCGGAGACGAUGGCACAGUACCGCGAGCUCACCGAGCGCGUCCGCACUAUCAAGUCCAACCCCGAGGCCAACACCCCCAAGAACAAGCCUCAGGUGGGCCGUGUCGACCGCCGCCUGAAGCAGGCCAUUCAGCAGUACCAGCAGGUCGAGUCGGGCUUCCGCAAGCGCACCCAGGACCAGAUGGCCCGUCAGUACCGCAUCGUUCGCCCCGAAGCCUCGGAGCAGGAGGUCCGCGCCGCCGUAGAGGACACGAGCAACAACCAAGUCUUCAGCCAGGCCCUUAUGCAGAGCGAUCGCCAAGGACGCGCCCGCGCCGCCCUCUCCGCCGUCCAGGACCGUCACAAGGCCCUCGUCAAGAUUGAGCAGCAGAUGGUCGAGCUGUCCCAGCUCUUCCAGGACAUGGACACGCUGGUCGUCCAGCAGGAAGCCGCCGUCACGCAAAUUGAGCAAAAGGGCGAGGAAGUCGUCGAGAAUCUCGACAAGGGUAACGAGGAAAUCGGCGUCGCUGUCAACACUGCUCGCAAGACGAGAAAGAAGAAGUGGAUCUGCCUUGGUAUCUGCGUUGCCAUUAUCGUGAUUGUCAUCAUCAUUGUCCUGAUCUACAUCUUUGUGAUCCGUGGUCAGAACAACAACAACAACAACAAUAGCAACCCGAAGCGUGCUAUCGAGAUUACUGCUCGCGCUCUGUUGCCCAAUAUCGACGCCCGUUCUGCGGAAGACCAGCAAGGCUUGUCAGAUCUCACCCGUUUGAUGAAGGACCGCGUGCAUCUGCCCCAAAUUGCGCGCCGCCAGUAA